CACAGUGUGGAGCUGGAAACCAGACGUUGACAGACACUAUGGACGUUCUCGGACUGGUCAACCUCCCCGGCUGGCUGGUCACCUGUGUACUUCUCGUGGUCACUAUUUACCUAUACAUCACAUGGACACAUUCCUAUUUUAUUCGUCUUGGCAUCAAUGGUCCAAAUCCAGGUUUUUGGGGAAUUCUUUUUGAGUACGGAAAAAAGGGAGCUGCAACAUUGGAUGUCGAAUUGGUAAAAAAAUAUGGGAAAGUUGUGGGUUUGUUUCAUGCGAGGAGUCCUCUUCUGUUGAUAGCGGAUCCAGACAUGAUUAAGGCGAUAACCGUCAAACACUUCCAGUCGUUUACUAACAGAGCGAAUCCUCUGCCAAUGACUAGGGAAAUGAAACGAGCCGUAUCAGUGAGUAAAGAUGAUCACUGGAAGUUCAUUCGCAGCGUCCUCACGCCGACGUUCAGCUCCGGCAAAAUGAGGAAGAUGGUUCCGAUCGUCCAAGACUGUCUAUCAAAGCUCGUGUCUAACAUCAGUGAACAACAGUCUAAGGGAGACUAUUUGGAAAUGAACAGUGUUUUUUCAAACUACACCAUGGACGUAGUCUCCACAACACUGUUCGGCAUUGACCUCGACACACAAAACAACCCCGACAACGAGUUUGUGAAGCACGCCAAAAAGCUCAUGGAUAUGAAAGUAAUAUCUCCGGUGGCGGCAAUUGCAUUUUUGUUUCCAUUUACUGUAAAGUACAUGGAGGCUUUACAACUUUCCACUAUACCCAAAAAUAGUUUUAACUUUUUCUGGAAGUUGGUCUGCAAUACAGUUUCAGCAAGGAAAGCCGAUCCUUCUCAGACUCGGAUAGACAUGUUACAGUUGAUGUUGAACACGCACAAAGACCACGAAAUGGAGGAGGAAGAUUUCAAUAAUGACCUUGACCUCGACGCAUGGAAAAAGAGAGGUCUGGAUGAUACUGAAAUUUCCGCAAACGCGGUGAUCUUCAUGUUGGCGGGUUACGACACGACGUCUAGCGCGUUGUCGUUCAGUUCUUAUAGCCUCGCUACAAACCCCGACAUCCAGGACAAGGUCAUUGAAGAAAUAGACCGUGUGCUGGGAAAGGAUAUUCCAACCUAUGACAAUGUAUUGAAGCUUACCUACCUGGAUAUGUUUUUCUCUGAAGUCCUUCGAAUGUAUCCACCUGGUGUCAGACUUAACCGCGAGGCUAAAGACACAGUUGAGAUCAAUGGCGUCACUAUUGAAAAGGGAAUGGAUGUACACGUGGCGGUGUACGCGGUCCACUACCUGGAGGAAUACUGGCUAGACCCUCAGACAUUCGACCCUGAACGCUUUACACCAGAGAACAAAGCUAACAGGAACCCAUAUUGCUAUCUGCCGUUUGGAAACGGACCGCGGAACUGUAUAGGAAUGCGACUAGCUCAAAUGGAGGCCAAGUUUGCGCUGAUUCGUAUACUGCAGAACUUUAAGUUCGCCACCGGACCAGAGACGUUGAUUCCAAUUCCGUUGGGAAAAGGAUUUCUUCUGCGUCCAGCAAAAGAACUUAAAUUGCGUCUAGUGAAAAGGUGAAAGGUCAUCGAUCUAUUUAAUUACGUCAUCAGACUCUAUGGUUAGGUCAUAAGACUACAUGCAUAUGGUUAGGUCAUAAGACUAUGUGGUUAGGUCACUAGGACACAAAGACAUAUAGGUAUUAUGUAUAAACUGUCUGGUUGUUGAGACUUUUUGUUAUGUGUGUCCUUUUUGUUUUUGUUAUUUGUGUUGGGUUUUUGUUUGGUCUUUGGUGGGAGGGGUUCUUGUAUAGUUUUAAAAGUUAGAACCAAGUGAUUGCCAAGAAAUAUAUUUUCUUUACGGAUUUUAUAUUUGUUUAUCAUUUACAUCUAGAAACUUGAGAAAAGUGAUGUAAAGGAUUCUACUAUAUAACAAUGUAUGUAAUAGUGAUUGGUUAUUUGUCUAUGUAUUGGCUAGUUGCUCCAGCAUGGUUGGUUAAAAUUACAUUGGAAUUGUUUUCACAGAUAUCCUAAAAUUAAUGAGGUCCAGGCCCAGUUUCAGUGGCAGGUCAUUACUUCCCUUGAAAUAAUAUUAGAAACCACAGCAGGAUUGUGACCCCCUAAAUUAGAACCCCAAACAUCACGCUUAGUUGUCCCUUGCUAUGUGUCAAACAUUAUUGUUUAGCUUAUAAUUGUGUUAAAUAAGCCAGAUGUUUUAUCUGACGUUUUCUUAAUGAAAUCAAGUAUGAACAAUAAUGUUGACAUUAGCGCCCUACGAUAGAUGAACAAAUCCUGCUCCCUCCUCGACCGUUCAGCUUACUUGUGAUCCCUACUCGAUAUCACACAGGAACCGCCACUGUAUUUGUUUGCAUAUAAUGUGUAUAAUAAAUAUAAUAUUACA